GAGAGGCCAAGAGAGGAACAUACAUUUGACGAAAACCAAAUUACAAACAAAUUAUGGUAUCCUUGUGUAUUUUGGCCGUGUUACCUCUUUUAGUAUCUUCGCAGUCCAAGCAACCAUUCGAAUUUACUGGAGAAAAUGGCGUGGAUUCCUGGGGAGAAGAUACUCCUCUCUGUGACACGGGAACGCGACAAUCUCCCAUUAAUAUCAUCCACGAAGAUACUGUUAUCGAUCGCUCAUUAUACUCGCUGCAGUUUUAUAAUUUAGACUCCAAAGUACGAAAUAAUAUAGCGAAUGAUGGAGUUAAAGUAAGAAUUGAUAUUGGUGAGAAGCAGAACGUUUUUGCAUAUUUUGGUGGGCUGCCUGGAGUAUACAGACUGAGAGACGUGAAUAUAAAUUGGCCAGCCAGUCACCUCAUUGACGGAUAUCGGGCAGACUUAGAACUGACAUUACGUGGGUACAAUGCUGAGCUGUACAAGAGCAUUGAUGACGCUGAUGGAAAGAAAGAUGGUAUAGCUUUGUUUUCUGUUCUUUACAAGAUAUCAUCAGCUCACAAUUUCGUUCUGGAACCUUUGAUAUCUUCUUUGAAGAACAUCAGAGACUUUGGUAACGAAGUCGAUAUAGAAAGGGGAUUACUUCUGGAGGAACUUUUACCAGCCAGUGCAAGAUCUUCUUAUUACCGCUACAAUGGGAGCAUUCCCCAUCCACCAUGCACGGAGACUGGAUACAUUUGGUAUGUCUUUGCCGACCACCUUUACCUCUCAGAGAAUCAGUUAAAUGAGCUCAAGAUGCUUCGGGAUAGUAAUGGUAACCGUAUGGAUAACCUGUUCCGACCUGUGCAAAGUUUAGAAGGACGAAUCGUUUCUAGACCAGCCUUCCGAAUACCAAGGGUCGAUUUUCUCAGUGAUUCUGACAAGGCACCACCAACUAAAAAAGAAUCUUGCCUUGAUGUGUUCUUUGUAAUUGACGAGAGCUGUUCAGUAUAUGAGGAUAUACCAAAGGUUAAGCAGCUACUGCUUGAUGUAGUGGAUAAGACUAUCAUUGGAAGGAGGUCUGUGUUGAUGUCAUUGGUGAGGUACCAUGACGAUGUCAACUUGAAUUUUUACCAUCUGAACACAACAAACAACGAAGUGACCAAGAAGUUUAUUGAAACACAGCCUCUGGGCCAGACUGCUUCUUGCAAGACUCAGACAUACGAUGCGUUGAAGUUCAACUCAGAAUUUUUCUUCCGUUUGGGCAAAAAUGCAUCGGACAAAUACACCGGAGUCAGGUCUAAUUCAAUUGCCAAGGAUGUUUUGUUUGUGAUCACCGAUGGCGUAUCGAUUCCAAUAGGCAGACGGAGUCAGGCAUUGAAACAGGCUCAAAAGAUUAGGAUAUCAGGGGUGAAAAUGUUUACAAUUGGGUUACAUAACCAGAAGGAGCGAGACGGCUCCCCCGAACUACUAGGCUUCGUCAAUGAUGAUGCGAAUCACGCGUUCAGUAUAGACGACAUUGAUCUAGCGGAUACUGUUGCAGGAAUUAUCAACUCGGCAGACCCUUGCUUUUCUACCACCACUCCUAGGCCAACUACCACAACUACGCUUCCUGAAAGAGAAAUUGUAACAAAUUUUGACAUUGGAACAACGACCAAGACUCCAACCACAACAAAACCACCAAUUGCAUUCAGUUGCCGAGAUAAGUUAGACAUCAUAUUGAUAAUCGAUACGUCUCAGAGUUUGUUAAACAAAAAACAGAGAACAAGUCUAAAGGUUAGCAGAACGGCUGAAAAGGAAUGGGAAUAUAGGCAAGGUGAUAAUAUGACGUCUGAAAACCUCAAAACAGUCAAGGAGUUUUUGAGAGAAUUGCUCGAUCUAUAUGUAAUCGGACACGGUGCAACACACGUGGCAAUUCUGACAUUCGACGAAGAGGUUGUCUUACAUCAAAAGCUUAAUGACACAAAGAAUAGGGAAACCACGAUCCAAGCGCUAAUGGGCAUUAAAGAGUGGACUGGAAAGGGCACAAGAACUGACGAAGCUUUAUUUCAAGCGAAAAAAAUAUUGUCCUCUCGGCCUGACAAUCGUCCAGAGGCUGCCGAUUUAGUGAUUUUGGUAACAGAUGGGGUCGUAACACCAUGCUGUGAAACACAUGAACGUGGAUGCUGCAGGUACGAAGUGUGUAAACCGAGCAUCACUGGGAACCCAUGUUUGAGCAAGGAUGGAGCCAUAGAGAGAGUUACAAAUGUGUCCGAAGAAAUACACGCUGAUUUCAAGGAGGCAACCUUCAUUGUACUUUCUCUGCCUAAUAAACCGGAAGUUGUAAAAAAAGCUAAAAGGAACAAGAGAGGUGUACCAAGUAAAGCGACUAAAGAUAUUGCAUUUAAGAUGUAUAAGAAUAUAGUUGGCAAAGGAAAUGAAAUGAAUAUUGUGAACUUUACCAAAUUUGAUGAGUUAGAGCACAGGAUGAAGGAUGUUAAUGACAAAAUAUGCGAAGGGAUAAAAAACAAAU